AUGAAGAUCCUUGAAGAAUUUGGCUGGACAGUCCUGGGGCCCGUGACCCUGGCGUACUCCCAAGAAAUGCUGAAGGUCGAGGUGUGGACGCUCACUUACUGGAACUUCAUGUACCACAACAAGCACAUGUUCAAGGACAAAGUGGUGCUGGAUGUCGGGAGCGGUACUGGGAUCCUGUCCAUAUUUGCUGCCAAAGCAGGGGCCAAGAAGAUUGAAUGCUCCAGUAUUUCUGACUACUCAGAGAAGAUCAUUAAGGCCAACAACUUGGACAACAUCCGGGGAGGAGGCAGCACUCCCCAUGGCACUGUAGAGCAAGUCCCCGUGCAGCUCCGGGAAGAUGACAGGGGCAGCGGGGUCCGGAGCCACCGGCAGCACCGCAUCCUUGCAGCUCGGCUGCGCAGCCAGGAUGUUGUCGAUGCUGAACAUGCUGGAAAGGAGGCUCCCUUUUUUCGCCCUCAGGUGAGCAGUACCCCCUCUCAGCCCCCUCAGCCUGUGAUCCCAUCCAAGCCUGUGCAAUGUGUCCAUCAUGUGUCCACUCAACCCAGCUGUCCAGGACGGGGCAAGAUGUCCAAGCUGCUGAACCCAGAGGAGAUGACCUCAAGAGAUUAUUACUUCGACUCCUAUGCCCACUUUGGGAUCCACGAGGAAAUGCUGAAGGAUGAGGUGCGGACGCUCACUUACCGGAACUCCAUGUACCACAACAAGCACGUGUUCAAGGACAAAGUGGUGCUGGACGUCGGGAGCGGUACCGGGAUCCUCUCCAUGUUUGCUGCCAAAGCAGGGGCCAAGAAGGUGUUUGGGAUUGAAUGCUCCAGUAUUUCUGACUACUCAGAGAAGAUCAUUAAGGCCAACCACUUGGACAACAUUAUCACCAUAUUUAAGGGUAAAGUGGAAGAGGUGGAGCUGCCUGUGGAGAAGGUAGACAUCAUCAUCAGCGAGUGGAUGGGCUACUGCCUCUUCUAUGAGUCAAUGCUCAACACGGUCAUCUUUGCCAGGGACAAAUGGCUGAAACCUGGAGGGCUUAUGUUUCCAGACCGGGCAGCUUUGUACGUGGUAGCAAUUGAAGACAGACAGUACAAGGACUUCAAAAUCCACUGGUGGGAGAAUGUCUAUGGCUUUGACAUGAGCUGCAUCCGGGACGUUGCCAUGAAGGAGCCCCUGGUGGACAUCGUGGACCCAAAGCAAGUGGUGACCAAUGCCUGUUUAAUAAAGGAGGUGGACAUUUACACAGUCAAGACGGAAGAGCUGUCGUUCACAUCUGCCUUCUGCCUGCAGAUCCAGCGCAAUGACUACAUCCACGCCCUGGUCACCUAUUUUAAUAUUGAAUUUACCAAGUGCCACAAGAAAAUGGGGUUUUCUACAGCCCCUGAUGCCCCCUACACCCACUGGAAGCAGACUGUCUUCUACCUGGAAGAUUACCUCACCGUCCGGAGGGGGGAAGAGCUCUAUGGGUCCAUCUCCAUGAAGCCAAAUGCCAAAAAUGUGCGAGACCUUGAUUUCACAGUAGACUUGGAUUUCAAAGGACAGCUGUGUGAAACAUCUGUAUCUAAUGACUACAAAAUGCGUUAGCACACGUGGGAAGCUGCAGCGAGCGAGCGAGAAAAACUCACCUCGAUCUGCGGCACUGUGACAAGAAUACUGUUUGCAGGACUAUUCACUCGAAAACCAGAGUUUUAAAUUCUGCCUUGAAGAUUGGGGAACUCGCCAGGGCUCAGGUGGCCCUGACACUGGAAAGAUGACCUCCAGCUGCUCAGCUCUGCUCUGUGAGCCUUUCACAAUGUCUUUGCUGUCGCUGACCACGAGCGACCUCCAGUGCCGCUGCUGGGCCCGGGGACAGAUGCUCCCAUGUAUACCCAUUGUCCUUUACUGUGACUCUCCGAUCUCCAGGUUCUGCAUGCUGCAGGCAUCUAGGGCAGAGGCUUCAUUAGAACCUGGAGGCUAGUGUCUUUGAUAGAAUAAGCCAGAUCCUGUCUGUGCGAUGGUGUGUGCGUGCCUGCGCACGGACAGCAUAUACAGUUGCUUACUUACCCACAACACUGUAUAUGCAUGCAUAUGCAACCACUGGGUGCACCCAAGUGUCCAUCCAGGGCGUGUGUGCACGUGCGCGCGUAGAAUAUCUAUUACUCCCAGAGGAGAUUUUGUUGCUUUGGAAUAGGACUUUGUUUUGUGAUUAGCUCUCCCCUCCCCUCCCCCUGACCAGAUGUGAGCAGCUAUGAAACAUUCUCUGUACUAGCUUUGAUCUCCUUUUGACUAGACCGUGGCUCCGAACCCUGGAGCAUAGUACCACACACUCUGUGGGAGCUCAAUAAAGGCACACGAGAGUGCAGCAA